CUUCUGCUUCUCACGUGGUAAGUUCAGAAUUAUAUAUGUUUUCUUCUUGCUUACCUUUGGGCCUUUAAAACCCCACCCUUUCCCUCCUCCUCCUCCUCCCACCGAGACACACAUGUGCAGUGCCUGUGUGUAAACGAAUCUGUGAGAGAGAUGGCACUAGAAGCUGUGGUUUUCCCUCAAGACCUCUUCAGCUAUGCUUUCAAGGAGUGGUGCGCCAACACCGGAAGUGGAGGAGCAUGGGAGGAGAAAAGUAUGGUGUUAGAAUGUGAGAUGGCUGGAGGUGGAGGCGGAGGUGGGACCUGGGACCCAACCUGCUCCUCCUUGGCACGGAAUCUCCAGGAUUGGAAUGUGAAUUCCUCGACGCCGACAGCAGCCGGUGCGCCCGCCGGGGCGGGGGGCCGGAGAAAGAGGCGGCGUACGAAGAGCAUCAAGAACAAAGAGGAGGUGGAGAGCCAGAGGAUGACCCACAUUGCCGUGGAGCGCAACCGCCGGCGACAAAUGAAUGAAUACCUCGCUGUGCUCCGUUCUCUGAUGCCGGCUUCCUAUGUCCAAAGGGGUGAUCAAGCAUCGAUCGUCGCCGGCGCGAUCAACUAUGUCAAAGAACUUGAGCAGCUCCUUCAAUCACUGGAAGUCCAGAAACGGAUCAAGCAACAAGCGGAUGCAGCCGGCGUUGCCGCCGCCUUUGCCGACUUCUUCAGCUUCCCCCAGUACUCCUCUUACUCACCCAGUGGCGGCACCACCGCCGGAAACGGUAGUGGCAUAAUUGACCAUGAUAGUAUCUUCCGAAACACCGAGGAGAUCGAAGACGACGAAGCAGCCGCCGCAAACAUCGAGGUGACGAUGGUGGACAGCCACGCAAACCUCAAAGUGCUCACGAGGCGGCGGCCGAAGCAGCUGCUCAAGCUGGUGGCCGGGCUGCAGAGCUCGCGGCUCCUGCCGCUGCACCUCAACGUCACCUCCGUCGACCAGAUGGCCAUGUACUCCUUCAGUCUCAAGGUGGAAGAUGACCGUCACCACACGUCGGUGGACGAGAUUGCAGCAACAGUGCAUCAAAUGUUAGGCAGGAUUCAGGAGGAGGCAAAACUGUAGAAUCUCUGUUGUCUUCUUGUAGCAUGGAAAAGGGUGUUGAUUGCAUGAAAUAAUCUGGCCUUGUGAUGUGCAGCAGCAGAAACUCCUGUUCACCAUGAGAUCUGCUAUUGAUGAUAGCCUGAGUAUGCUCUCUGUUUGGCCAAAAAUAUAUCUUCGACAGUCUCACUGAGAACACCCAACACAACGAGAACUCGGUCAAAGGCUGUGAAACAGAGGAUCUUUGCAUCUGAACAUAAGCUUUUAGAAUUUUCCUUGGAUUGUUUUUCCUUCAAUGUAUCUGCUUUUGAUUUCUGAGCUGCCACCAAAACCACAUCAGAUCCAAUUAUCUACCUUAUUGGUUAAUUUUUCUAGCUACAUAGAUUCACAUAAAAUCCUAAGAAACAAAUUAACUUAGGUACUCAACCAGAAUGUUAGAAUGAUCUUAGCAACUAUAUUACAACACAACACUAGAGGAAUCUUUCAGGAGCUCGAAAGUCUCUCCAUGUGCUGGAAGCAUAUGGAGAAGAUGGAUGGCCAUAAAUUACAUAACCAAAGACAGUUACAUGCUUCAGUGGCAUUCAGAAGGCGGAUAAAAGAAGAUACAUAGUUUUAGACAAGUUUCAGAAAGAUGAUAGUACCAAUUUCAGCAGUCUCUGGUCAUGUGGAUUUUUCCUUUCUUUUGUUUGAUGCAAGGACAAUCGCAAAGGGGCUGAAGCAAUGAUUCAAAGGUGAAGAAACCUACAAGACAUUUCACAUCAUGUAAGUGUUUAAAGCUAUAAAAGAGUACUGCAACAAAAUAUUUGCCCAA